GAUAUGAUCCAGCUUCAGUCGUUGCCGGGGCUCCGGCCUAGUCUGCUCUCUAUCCGUGUACUCGUACACCUUCCAUAAAUUUUCUUCCACUUCUUCACUUCGUUUUCACGCCGUCAGUGCCGAGAAAGACGAGCAGGGCUAGAAUGCAGCAAUGAGAGCCUGCUGCUGGCUUCUCGUGGCGGUUUGCUGGUUAGCCGCUGCCGCUUCGAGAGAACAAUGGAUCGACGUCGAGAAGGAGAGGCUUCACCAGCAAGAGGCUAAGCAAGUCGACCAAUGGGCCGAGAGUAUCGGCAACGAGCUGUGGCGGCUGGCCCAAGCAGUGGCUCAACCCAAGGAUAUCCUCGACAGGUACAAGAGCAAGGGCGUCCGAGUGGUGGACAAGUCCGGCGACGAGAUCAUCAGGAACAUAAGCGAGAACGUCGGACGCAUGCUCAGUCGUAAGAUGGACGCGGUCAAGUGCCUGUUCAAAGAGGCCGAGAGACUGUCCGAGGAGUACGACGGGAACUUCACGAGGAUGUACUACUCGGCCAAGUACAGCAACGCGACGGUCGAAGGUAACCUCAAAACGUCCAACGUGCCCGAGAACAUGCAGGACGGCGCCGAUAAGAUUUACCAACACAUGUACCUCGAGCCGGACACUCACUUCAACAACAUAUCCGUCAACACGAGCUUCUCGUCGGUCCACAUACCGACGAACGUCUACGACCGACUGCCUCGAGUCAACAUGACCAUCAGUUGGUCGAAGCGACUGGACAGAAUCUUCAAGCACAACUACAAGUCCGAUCCGGCUCUCAUGUGGCAGUACUUUUGCUCGACCACGGGUGUGCUCAGGCAGUAUCCGGCCAUGCGCUGGCCCGUCAGCCUCAAGAAAGACGGUAAGGAGAUCACCGACACCUACGACUGUCGUGUCCGCAGUUGGUUCAUCGAAGCGUCGACCUGCAGCAAGGACAUGGUCAUUCUCGUGGAUAACAGUGGAAGCAUGACUGGCAUGAGCAACGCCAUCGCCAAGACUACGGUGUCGACGAUCAUGUCGACCCUCUCGAACAACGACUUCGUCGCGGUUUUCAACUUCUCCGAUUCGACGCAGCAGGUGGUCUCCUGUUUUCAGGACAAACUCGUCCAGGCGACACCGGAGAACAUUCGCAGGAUCAACGACGACAUUCUGACGAUGAAGCCCGAAGGCGUCGCUAAUAUCACCGAGGCUUUUCUCGCUGCCUUCACUAUACUCGAAAAUUACAGGAACGAGUCGCGCUGCGGCUCUGACCUGUCCUGUAAUCAGAUGAUCAUGCUCGUGACUGACGGCAUAGCCUCCAACAUCACCGAGGUGUUUCAAGAAUACAACUGGUCGGAGAACGGGACGAUACCUGUGCGCGUGUUCACUUAUCUUCUCGGUCAGGAAGUGACGAAGGUGCGCGAGAUUCAGUGGAUGGCAUGUCUGAAUCGCGGCUACUACACCCACAUACACACGCAAGCCGAAGUACCGGAACAGGUGCUCAAGUACAUACCCGUAGUGGCGCGACCCCUCGUGCUACACGGAAAGGUACACCCAGUCGUUUGGACGCAUGCCUACGUCGAUAUAUCGCGCGAAGAAAACACGGCGCCAAUAACGAAAGACCUGACGUUCGUUGACGAUGGCGUGGACUUAUCGGAAGAGGAGGACGAGCCCCAGCCCGACGCGGUGAACCAGCCCAAGAUCACGAUGUCCUGGAGGGACCGUCUGCUCACGUCCGUCAGCAUACCGGUGUUCGACCGGAAGGGCAACAAGGAGAGCGAGAAACGCGCGGCUAAUCUUCUCGGAGUAGUGGGCACAGAUGUGCCGCUCAAGGAUAUUCGCAAGCUAACGUUGCCCUACAUGCUCGGGGUCAACGGCUACGCUUUUAUAGUGUCGAACAACGGCUACGUAGUGCUGCAUCCGGCUCUGAAGCCGGAGUACAAAGGCAACCUCAAGCUCAACUACAACAGCAUCGAUCUGACGGAGGUGGAGAUUCUGGACGACGGUAGACCACCGAGAGAACCAGGCGACGAGAUAACGGAGAUCCGAAGAGCCUUGGUGAAUCACGAGUGCGGCUCGAAGAAGAACGUGCGGGUGAAGCUGCACUACGAUGAUUACCGACGCGUCACUCUCGAGAGUAGGGAUUAUUUUUACGCCGCGUUACCGCUAACGCCUUUCGGCAUCGCCGUCGUUCUGCCGCAGUACGGCAGGUAUUACAUUAAGCAGGUGAGCAAGGAGAUCGAGAGAAACCGAAACAUCAACAUCUCGGAGUAUUUCAUGGGCGACAACUGGGGCAUCCAUCCCCACUGGGUCUACUGUCGCUACCACUACCUAGAGGGCCACGAGUUCGACCGUCCCGAGGACGAGCUUCGCCACUUCCUCACAGUCGUCGGCGACUUCAGCAAGAGCGAAGCCGAGCGUUUUCCCGAGCAGUACAAAGCCUACGGCGAACAGGGCCCACCUGGUGCCCAAGAAACUUGUGGUAGCGGUAACCUUGACCAACGCGACGCGGACGACAGCGAGCCGGACUGCGGCAACGGUGACCUCGACGAAGAACAGGAGGAGUACGAGGAACACCUGAACGACCACUACUGCAACAAGGAACUCAUGGAGCUGCUCAUCAUGGACGCGAGCGCGACCAACGCCAGCUUCUUCGGCGACUUCGACAUAACUUACGACAGCGACAGGAACCUCACCAGGGACUACGAGGUCUUUCUCAGGUUCAUCGCUACCCAGAGCGGCCUCACCAGGUGGCAGAGGAUCGUUGGCGCCGAUGUGGAUAUGAUGGAGGAGCGUAUCGCCGAGUUCGUCAGCCACAAGCGAGCGCUCGACGAGCCCUGGUAUAAAGGGGCUAUUCUGCAGAAUGUCAUCGAUUCGCAGAGUGUUUCGAUAACUGUGCCACCGAUCAAAGAGCCAGAAUCGGGCUUGAACGCAACGGUAACCAUCUCCCUGGGCAUCUACGCUCGGGACGAUGGCAACAAGGCAGCCGUGGGCGUCGUCGGUUUCCAGAUGCCCAUGACAGCGCUCUACCGUCAAUUCAUGGACAUCGUGACCAGACGCGUGAAACCUCUGCGAAGCUUGAACUGCAACAGCAGCGUCGUCGACUGCUACCUCAUAGAUCAAAACGGCUACAUCGUCAUCUCCGAGGCUCACAACCACGACGCCGGAAAGUUCUUCGGUUCUCUGGACCAAACAGCUCCCAUCAUGAGGAAGCUCGUCAGCGACGGGCUUUUUCACGCCGUCGACAUCUACGACUAUCUCGCCGUCUGCGAGAGAAUCGAAAUGAAGAGUCUCGCCAGCAUCAUGAAAAGUCCGUUCGUUUACGUCUGGAAUCUUCUGACGUGGCUGUUCGCGAGGAUGAUUCUCUUCACGACGCAGCUGCACGAGCUUCCGGUAAUUCUCGCGCAGGAGGAAGAGGAGGUCGACUUUAAGAAGCCACCGAAACUGCACCCGACACAAUUUCGCCGGCCGUGCGACAUGCAAAUGACUCUAUACAUAGUCAACGAAACCAACUUCAACAAGCCGUUCAGCAGCGGUCCCGAUGACUGUUCCCUGCCCUUCUACGCCCAACGUGUCCCCCACACGAAUCUACUGCUGAUAGUUGUGAAAACGGACCAGAGCACCUGCUACGACAAGAUGGACGUGACGCCAUACGAGAUAUUCCCUUACACGAUAGAUGGAAACGCGACCGAGUUUCCCUGUCACAAGAUUCCGCUGAACAACCUGUUCAGAAGAAGACUGGAGCACUGCUUCACUCGACACGAGGACGAGGACGAGAUCGAGGCUUGCGGAGGCACGAGCGCACUCGAGCUGUCCUCUCUGCUCUCCUUCUUAAUUUUACUGCUGAGGAGCUUGAUUAGAUUUUUCUAAAUUAUCACUACUAUAUCGUAUAACGCAAUCAUAUAUUUUAUCAUAUACUUUGUAUACGUGAGUUCACUUGUUUUUUUUUUCUACACAUCUCUCGACUCGAGAUAUAUCUUUUUUUGUACGAGGCGUUAUUUUGUAUACCGCGUAUUAGUCUAUUCAUCUAGUCAUUUCAUUGUUACAUGCAUAAAUAUUUGUGUAUACCUGUACACGCGCACAUCAGAUGUUUAUAUAUAUAUAUAUACACACCAGCCAGUUACGUGGGAUUCAAAGUUUAACGUCGUUCGAUGGCAUUUGUUUUACCUAAGUUAUACAUGUCUAUACACAUAUUAUUAUCAUACUACGUUAAUUUAUUUCUACGAGAGCAGUUUGCUACACGAAUUUGUUAUAACAAAAUGCGAGGGACAAUAAAAGUAUUUAUUAUUGUUGAAAAA